CAUAAACAACUUUGAAAAUCAUAACAACAUCAGAACAGUUACAUAGUUAUCCUAAAAGCAGCCGGACGACACAUCACGAAAAACUAAAUCGAUUUUUUUAUCUUCUCGGACUUCAGCAAGGGAGACAAGUGAGACAUCAGGAUGUUUGGAAAGCUGUUUGCCCAUCUCCUUGGUAACACAGAAGAGGAGUUUGAUGCCACAGCCUCCAGUGAUAAUGUGGAUGACACCUAUGAUGACCUGGUGGAAUUUGAGGAGGGAGGAUGGGUCAUCGUCAGGAUUCAAGAGGUUCCAUGGUUGACUUUUGUAGAGAACGUCCCACUGGAGCAGCCUGAGGUGGACCCUCUGGAGAACAUGCUGAUUGAACACCCCAGCAUGUCUGUCUACCAGAUGAGAAGCAGAAUCACAGAGGAUGAGCUGCUGGACUCAGAUGAAGACGAAGAAGACUGCCCUAGGCCUGUGUCCAUCAAGCAGCAUGUGUCCUGGAGGCUGGCGGCCUGGGGCUCCCCGCUCCCUUGCCAUGUCCACCGCUUGGCCCUCCACAGAGCAAGGCCCCUCCCUGGGCACAAGAAGCUGACCAGGAGUGCCCUCCACAGGCAGAACCUGGCCAAGACGCGCUUCUCUCCUGCUGAGAGACGCUAUGGCCACUUCAAACAGCCCGGCCAGCGUCUCUUCAACUACUGAGACUUGCAUACACAGCGCCAGAGCUGUCAAAUAGGAUAGGAAAUCAUGUCAAAUGCUUACCUGUGUUAGAACAACUGAGUGGUCGUGGUUAACCUACAAAACCACACCAGGGCUCAACCCAAAGGAUGCGAAAGGAUUUCCAAUUGUGUUUGAUUUAGGUCUGGCCUGCGUGCGUUCAAGGUCAUCUCUAAUUCAGUCAGGUUUAUUUAUUGUUUUUACACCUCAGGAAGUUUAUCUGUAUGAUUUGAUGACCUAGAACACCUCUGACUGAGAAAACCGAACCCUUAUCUGUGACAUUUUGAGCCUGCCAUUCCCUCCAGACUUGUCAGCUACCAUUUAACUACUCCCAAUAAGGGAAAGCCUGUGACAAGCAGCAAUAUGGUUUAGUGAGAAAUGUUUUAAGUUGAAACAUGUCUGAGUUCAGGAAAUGUCCUGAGGAGUAGUUCUAGAAUGUUAUGUGUGGAAUGUUUCUUGACACUUGAUACAGUUUGUAAUGGCACUGGUACAAUGUUCAAUGACUUCAAUGUGCAAUUAGGUAAUAGCACAUUUGCAUCCAUUAUUUUCAGUAAUAAGGAAUACAUUGUAUGUGCCUAAAGUAUGCUUUUGGGGUGACUUAUUUUGAAUGUAUUUACUGUGUGAACAAGUGUUUGUGAUUUUGGGUUUGUGACCACACCAUGAAACAACAAAACUCAAUGUUGCUACUAUUUGUAAUAUCAUAAGGUGCCGAUACAUCAUCUAAGAAAUAUCAAACACUGAUUGUAAUGUUUUGUAUCAAGUAAAUUAUUUUAUAACUUUUAGUUUAGUAGAGCUUGCAGUGAUUGUUUGUCACAUGCUUCAUGUUAGAUAAAAGUCAAGUUGUAAAUACAGUUCUUUUGUAUCAGGUAUAUUUUUGAAAGGAAAAAAAUAUGAAAUAAAUUUGUUUUGUUAAAUUGUU